UAAGAACAAAAUACGUCUAAUUUAUUGUGUUCGAUAUCAAUUCAACGACCACUGCUGUGAAUAUUUUUGAUAAAUUUCCAAUUAAAAUAUAAGUUAAACAUAAUGACUGGAAUCAUGGAUACUGUAGAAAUGCCUAAAUUACCAGAAAAUCAAAAAUCCUUUGCCGGCAUACCAGAGGCAGUAUUUCUGGAGGAAAUCGAUAAAUAUAUGGCCCAGCCGGAAAAUGAGGAGAACUGUGAGAAAGUUUUACAACGCUUAGAUGAACAACACAGCAAAUACAGAUUUAUGGCCUAUAAUUUGGAGGCCCGUAAGCGUAAAUUGAAAUCCCAAAUUCCCGAUUUACAAAGAUCUCUUGAAAUGAUUGAUGUUUUGCAUAAAGAAACCGAAGAACGUGAAACACAAUUUUUGCUCAGCGACCAGGUGUUUAUUAAAACCAUGGUGCCACCAACCAAAACCGUGUGCCUGUGGUUGGGUGCCAGUGUAAUGUUGGAAUAUCCAUUGGAUGAAGCCGAGGUGUUGUUGAAACAAAAUAUGACCUCAGCUAUAUCAAAUUUAAAAACUGUCGAACAUGAUCAAGACUUUUUGAGAGAUCAAAUUACUACCACCGAAGUAAAUAUGGCACGUGUUUACAAUUGGGGAGUUAAAAAACGUCAAGCAGCUGCUAAAACUGUCUCUGGAGCUUCCUCAUCUUCAUAAUGGGCGUGAUGAUCAAUAACAACCAAAUCACAUUCAUUUUAUAAUCACCUCCCAAGCCCUACUUUAGUUUAGCUCUACAUUUUUAAAAACCACACACUGUAGUUUUUUUUAAUUGGAAACUUCUUAAAGUUGCAAAUUUUUUUCUUUUCCUCUACCUCUACCUCUCUUACUUUCAUUAUACCUAUUAACAAUCAUUUUUUUUUUGUUUUCCUAUUAAAAAAAGUUAAAUUCCUUAAACUGUUUGUAUAAUUUGUUGAAUUCUUUAUGAUUUUUGCUUAUUUUUUUUAAACAAAUUCAAUUAUGAAUUGAAAAUGUGAAACUAGACAAGAGGAGUGUGUUUUUUAAAAAAAGCUUUUCGUGUUUUGUUGUUUUCUCAAACAAAUACAACAACAGUAUGUGCAUUUAAGAACCUGGCUAAAUGGCUACAAAAAAAUAAUCUAAAUGAAAUGCUUGUCAAAGGAAGAAUUAAUAAAAAAAAUGCAUUAAUUACAAAGUUAAUAAAAA